GUGUGUGUGUGUGUGUGUGUGUGUGUGUUGUUUUUGGUGGUGGUGGUGGUGGAGGGAGGGGGGGAGUGCCCGCAGGGCCAGGCCUGAACUCGCUGGAUAGAGCUACGGACUCAUGGGGCCUGGCAGUGCCCGCUGAGAGAGGGAGAAGACAGCGGAGGGGUUGCCAAGAAGGCACCCUCCAAACCCCAGAUCAUGUCUCUGUGGGGUCUGGUCUCCAAGAUGCCUCCGGAAAAACUGCAGCGGCUCUAUGUCGACUUUCCCCAACACCUACGGCAUCUCCUGAGUGACUGGCUGGAGAACCAGCCCUGGGAGUUCCUGGUCGGCUCAGACACCUUCUGCUGCAACAUGGCUAGUGCCCUCCUUUCUGCCACUGUCCAGCGCCUUCAGACUUCCGCUGGAAAGCAGGGGGAGGGGAGCGCCAUCUUGCAACAUAUCAGCACCCUGGAGAGCAUAUAUCAAAGGGACCCCCUGAAGCUGGUGGCCACUUUUAGACAAAUCCUUCAAGGGGAGAAAAAAGCUGUUAUGGAACAGUUUCGCCACCUGCCAAUGCCCUUCCACUGGAAGCAGGAGGAACUGAAGUUUACCACAGCCCUGCAAAGGCUGCAGCACCGGGUGGGGGAAACUCGCCUUCUCCGAGAGGCCCUGCAGCCGGGGGCUGAGGCUGGCCAAGUGUCUCUGCACAACUUGUUAGAUGCUCCUGCCAACGGGAAGGGGCCAAGUGAGGCCCUGGCCACGUUGCUGCAGGAGACUGUUGGGGAGCUGGAAGCUGCCCAGGCCCUGGUGCUGAAGAGGAUCCAGAUUUGGAAACGGCAGCAGCAGCUGGCAGGGAACGGCGCACCCUUUGAAGAGAGCUUGGCACCAUUGCAGGAGAGGUGUGAGAGCCUGGUGGACAUUUAUUCCCAGCUGCAGCAGGAAGUGGGGGCAGCUGGCGGGGAGCUGGAGCCCAAGGCCCGGGCAGUGCUGAUCAGCCGGUUGGAUGAAGUCCUGCGAACCCUUGUCACUAGCUCCUUCCUGGUGGAGAAGCAGCCCCCUCAGGUUCUGAAGACUCAGACCAAGUUCCAGGCUGGGGUUCGAUUCUUACUGGGCCUACGGUUCCUGGGGGCCCCAGCCAAGCCUCCGCUGGUCAGGGCUGACAUGGUGACUGAGAAGCAAGCCAGGGAGCUGAGCAUGCCCCAGGGGCCUGGGGCUGGAGCAGAAAGCACUGGGGAAAUCAUCAACAACACCGUGGCCCUGGAGAACAGCAUUCCUGGCAACUGCUGUUCUGCCCUGUUCAAGAACCUGCUUCUGAAGAAAAUCAAGCGCUGUGAGCGGAAGGGCACUGAGUCCGUCACCGAGGAGAAGUGUGCGGUGCUCUUCUCCACCAGCUUCACACUUGGCCCCAACAAACUCCCCAUCCAGCUCCAGGCUCUGUCUCUGCCGCUAGUGGUCAUUGUCCACGGCAACCAGGACAACAAUGCCAAAGCCACCAUCUUGUGGGACAAUGCCUUCUCUGAGAUGGACCGUGUCCCCUUUGUGGUGGCUGAGCGCGUGCCCUGGGAGAAGAUGUGUGAAACUCUCAACCUCAAGUUCAUGGCUGAAGUGGGGACCAAUCGGGGGCUGCUCCCAGAGCACUUCCUCUUCCUAGCCCAGAAGAUCUUCAAUGAUAACAGCCUCAGCAUGGAGGCCUUCCAGCACCGUUCCGUGUCCUGGUCACAGUUCAAUAAGGAGAUCCUGCUGGGUCGUGGCUUCACCUUUUGGCAGUGGUUCGACGGUGUCCUGGACCUCACCAAGCGCUGUCUCCGGAGCUACUGGUCAGAUCGGUUGAUCAUUGGCUUCAUUAGCAAACAGUACGUCACUAGCCUUCUUCUCAACGAGCCUGAUGGAACAUUCCUCCUUCGCUUCAGCGACUCAGAGAUUGGGGGCAUCACCAUUGCCCAUGUCAUCCGGGGCCAGGAUGGCUCCCCACAGAUAGAGAACAUCCAGCCAUUCUCUGCCAAAGACCUAUCCAUUCGUUCACUGGGAGAUCGAAUCCGGGACCUUGCUCAGCUCAAAAACCUCUACCCCAAGAAACCCAAGGAUGAAGCUUUCCGGAGCCACUACAAGCCUGAACAAAUGGGUAAGGACGGCAGGGGUUAUGUCCCAGCUACCAUCAAGAUGACUGUGGAAAGGGACCAGCCACUUCCUACCUUGGAGGCCCAAAUGCCUACCAUGGUGCCAGCUUACGACCUUGGAAUGGCCGCUGAUUCCCCCAUGAAUAUGCAGCUCAGCCCAGACAUGGUGUCCCAAGUGUACCCACCGCACUCUCACUCCAUCGCCUCGUACCAAGCCCUCUCCCGGGAAGACACGUUGACAACCUUCCCAGAAUCUCACCUGCAGAUGCCCCCCAACCUGAACCCGAUGAACCUGUCCUUUGACCAAACUCACCCUCAGGGCCUGCUCCCAUGCCCAUCUCAGGAGCAUGCCGUGUCCACUCCUGAGCCCCUGCUCUGCUCAGAUGUGACCAUGGCUGAAGACAGCUGCAUGAGCCAGUCGGUGGGAGGGUUCCCUCAGGCAACCUGGGUUGGUGAAGACAUGUUCCCACCCUUGCUGCCUCCUACUGAACAGGACCUCACCAAGCUUCUCUUGGAGGGGCAAGGGGAAUCGGGGGGAGGAGCCUUGGGCACCCAGCCCCUCUUGCAGCCCUCUCAUUAUGGGCAGUCUGGGAUCUCAAUGUCCCACCUGGACCUAAGGGCCAACCCUAGUUGGUGAUCCCAGCUGGAACGGAAGCCCCGAGAAAGACCGCUCUUCUACCCUGCCGGACCUGCUCUGGACACUUGCCCACGCUCCUGCCAAGCGGCAGAUGGGGAGAGUGUCCUCCUAUCCCCAUCUACUCCCUGGUCAGGAGGAAAAGACUGCCAGGAAAAUGCACAGUGGGUGCAGCCUAUCCACUCCUUCCUCCUACCACACACCCCUGUCCUCCCCCUUCCAAUGCUGGAAGGGAAAUUCAGGUUCCAAAGUAAGACACGGCCCAACACGCCUGCACACACAGAAAACACACACACACACACCUCUCCCUGGAAGAUGGGGCU